AUAUAUAUUACACACAGUUGCUGUAAAAUAUAAAAGAAAAGAUGUACUUUAACUUUGUCAGUAAUGUUUUGUGCUUCAGGACAAUGUUGGUCACAGCACUUGGAUCAAGUGUUUCAUUUGGACCUCGUUUCUGUUUUCUGUUUCACUAAUAUCCUUGUUAUACAAAUCCAGAUUUUCUCCAUAAUCAAAGUUCUCGUGUAGAGCUAGUCUCUUUUCUUUCUCAAUCAUUCUUGAUGUGUUGAUUUAGAAAAAAGAGUGCCAUAUUUCAGGGGAUGGUUUUAUAUAAUUAGAAAAAAUAAAUAAAAUUAAGAUUACAAGCUUUGCAUGAGAAAAACAAUCACCUGUCAUAUGUGUUCAUUUUCCUGUGCUGUGAAGUUUCUGUUUUGAUGGAGCACAACUGUACAGUUUCAGAUGUAAUGCAUGUUUCCAACACCAGAUGGGAAUCUUUGCCUGAUGAGUAUUGAAAUUAUUACAAGUGAGAAAAUAGCAGAGAAAUAAUUAAAUGUCAGUAUAUUUUUUAACCUGUGCUCUCUCUCUCUCACUGCUUUAUAUUGUAUACAGUUAACAGAGUAACAUUAAGAAAUAUUUAGCGUUUUAUAUGGAUAUUGUCUACAGCUAAAUGGAAAAGAAAUGGAAACACAGUUUUUCAACCCCCUCCCUUAGUGUUUCACAGCCCAGUAAACCCACUGCGCUUAUAUUGCAAUAUUGAUAUCCAGAAAAUAAUGUCUUUUAAAAUAGUGAUUGUAAACUAUUAAUUAGAAAAUGCUUGUUUUUUUGUUGUCCAGUGGAAACGGCUACAUGGAUCCACACUCCCUACAUCUGCCCGGCAGCAUGCACAUCUUUAAAUAGAAAGCUAUUUUGAUGCAAAAGCAUAACACAGCCCCCUGAAGGCUUGAGGCACACAUGCUAGAUUUAAUGUGAGGGUCAAAUAGCCUGACCAACCUUAGAGCACCCUGCGGUGAGUACAUCUGACGAGAAGCAGCCGGAGACUAAAAUCACCUGUGCCGUUCAUGCUGCGAGUUUAACCAAGCGGUUUCCGACAGCUGAUUGGAAAUACUUUUAUUUUGGUAAGGAGGCUACAAACUGCACAUUCAGGUUUUUUUUCUUUUUGACUUUUUGUAUUGUCGACUUUUAAAGGACCAGAAGUAGUCUCUAGGAAAGCUCAGAGAAACCGCAAUGUCUUAUACAUGCAAACUUCCCGCGUCCUGGAAUGAUCAACCCCCCCCUCGGAAGGUGGAAAUUGACCUGAGUUCACCCGGCUUAGCUGUGUUUGAGUUGGAAAGACUCUUGUUUACUGGCAAAGCCAUCAUCAGUCAUGCAGAUGAAGUCUGGCCAAGGCUAUACAUUGGUGACCAAAACAGUGCAGAGAACCGGGCUGAUCUAUCCAAGCAUCGAGUCACGCACAUCCUGAAUGCAGCUCACAGUAAACGUGGAGUACAGCCACACAUCUAUGAGGGCAUGGAGGUCAGCUACAUGGGCAUAGAGGCUCAUGACUCCUGUGGCUUCGACAUGAGCGUCAAAUUCCAGGCAGCAGCCGACUUUAUCCACAGGGCUCUGAGCAGAGGAGGCAAAGUGUUGGUGCACUGUCAUGUAGGAGUGAGCCGCUCCGCCACCCUGGUCCUGGCUUACCUGAUGCUGAAGCACAACCUGAGCCUCGUGGAGGCUAUUUGUGCCGUGAAAGAUAACCGGGGUGUCAUCCCUAAUCGAGGUUUCCUCCGACAGCUCAUCAAACUGGAUGGCCAGCUCUUUGGCACACACUGAGCGCUGCCUGGUGGCAUUACUGGUCACAUUUCACGGCUUCAUGUGAUAAAGAUAAAUCCCAUGUUGUUAAAAAAAGUAUUUCAUUUUACUACUUACAGUAUUUGAUCAUGUCCUGGAUCAUGUUUUUAUUGCCUUUAACUUGAAGGUAAACAUAUUUAUAUUCUGUCAAUUUGUUCAUGUUAAAUAAUUGGAGUUUUACAUAAAUAAAUAUAUGAAUCUGA